GCGCCAACGGGUGCCUAGGGGUGUUCAGCUGAGUCUAUUUCAUCACAUUCAUGUCGCACACACAGCUCUCAGUGUAACAUAUAUUAACCCAGCUAGCCGCCGAAUACAUGACCGACCUGAAGGCUCCCAUUUCUUUGCCCGCUGCCUCAGUGUACACAUCUCCAGCGCAUUUCUCCUCUCGUUCGAGUAUCCCCCAUGAUGAUGAGCUUAGCGCCACCACCGCCAUCUACCAAAAAGGCACCGAGUGCCAAAACAUCACUAAAGGGUGGUUCUUCUGCCCGUAGACGCAAAGCUCGGGUCGUGAAAUCGUUAAAACCAAACGAGUACGCAACAGCUGUCGGGGGCUAUGCAGAUCUCCCCAACGGCUCAGGGGAAAAUUACAUACAGCUUCGCGACUUUCUCAAAACCGAGCCAAACGUGAUACAGUUUCCCCCCCACUCAUACCAGGACGACUUUGUCAUCCUUUAUCCCCUCGGGCCCGACGAGAACACCGCAGCGCCUCCCGCGUCAUCGACACUGUCGCGGCAGGCGCCCUCCGACUCGGAAGCGGACCAUGAUUCCAUGGACGAGAGGCGCCACGAGGCCCGAAGGUCCAUCCCCUUCCAAGACCCGCACGCGUUCUACCGUGACAGCCAGAACCGCAACGGCCCGCAGAGCCAUAUCAUCUUCCUCCGCGGGUACCUGAGCGCGGCGUGGAUCAAAAACAUUGGAGGCGGGUACUUCGUCGACCCUGAGUUCUUCUGCCGCCACCUCGACUUCCGGCCCGCGAACGACAGCUCCAACAACUUCUCCACCCCGGCUCUCCCGUCCACGUCGUGGUACCUGAUGGAGCUGCCCGUCAUCACCAUAGGGAUGCGGUCGGGCCCCAGGGGACCUCUGCGGACGGAGAAGAUUGAGGAGUUAAGGAAGCAGGGGGCUGAAGCACUGGAAAGACAUCACGGUCAGAUAGCUGAGCUGUCGUCUUCCAGAAUGACGGAAGGGGAGUCGAUGAUCAGGGACUUCUAUGUCUUUGAUGAAACGCAUUUCGCAGUGGAACAGCGUAUCUCUGUCUGCAUGCAGCCAGCCGAGAGCGGAGAUACUUUCAGCUUGCUUGUCUGGCUCGACUCAGGCGCCGACCUCCCGAACGAUCCGCCCUUUCCUUGGUCCAUCCAACCCCCCGAAUCCCACUACUUCCCAACCAUCCUCCACAGGCACAUGAUCGCGCUCAAGGGCCACCUCAUCUCCUCCGAAGACGCCGACCCCUCCGCGCGGUCCGCCUCCCACCUCCCGACAGACUACGGCCGGUCCCUGCACCCCGCCAUCAUGGCCGGCGACGCCUUCUACAGCCUGACCGAGGUGAUCAGCUUCGCCGCGAGCUCCGAGAUGGCCUUCCUGAACCUCCUCUCCGCCAAGCUGGACCGCUACACCUCCCUCCCGGCCGAGCAGUACUUCCAGAGCCUCCCGAACCUCAAGUACGUGAAGCAGAUCCUGGGGCGGCACGCCCGGGCUGUGGGCCAGGUGCUCUCCAGCAUCCGCAACGCCGAGCACCCGCGGUGGCCGCGCGACUCCUCCAGGCGGCGGGCGGCGGAGACGGCGGCGCGGGGGCUGGAGCAGGACUUUGCGCACCUGGCGGAGCGGGUCGGGGAGCUUCACGGGCGGGCCGCCGAGGCGGUCGCGGUGCUGAUGUCGAGCGUGUCCAUCUCCGAGUCGCAGAAGGCCAUUGAGCAGGCGGAGCGGGUCGGCAAGCUGACGCUCAUGGCGUUUGUGUUUGUGCCCCUGUCGUUCACGACGAGCUUGUUCGGCAUGAACGUCGUGGAGCUGGCCGGCGGGAAGCUGGGCCUGAAGUGGUGGUUUGCUGUGUCGGCGCCGGUGACAGCCGCGGCGGUGGCGUUGUACUUUGUGAAUGUGGAGACUUUGGUGCGGAGGGUGUGGACGAUGUUGAAGAGCUGGUGGUCCGAGAUAGGCAAGUUGGAUUAG